AUGCCCUCCAAACAGCUGACUCCUACACAAUUGAAAGUGCUGAGUCAUGAAGCUUGCUUCAACACCGCAGACCCCGAUCCGGUUAAUCUCGUGGCCAUGGUCGAGUCGAUCCUCAAGCAAACCGGGGAACCGGACGAGAGAAAGCAUCUCAUCUGGCAACAGGUUACCUCCUUGGUGAUGGCGCACAAACCACGUGCAAUUAUUACCAAAGCGGAGGAGAGCGCUCUCGAGGCACUCAGGAAUGACACCAGCAUUUUAAUACUACCGGCAGACAAAGGACGUUCCCCGGUAGUGCUGGAUAAGACAGACUACGUUCAGAAGGCCAGCACUCUACCGGAGGACCGACAGGCGUACCUCUCACGUGGUGAAGAAUCGAUAAAGACGCUUGUGACGCAACUGGAGAAGACGCUCGCCGACAUGCAAUCGAACAAAGCAAUAAGCAAAUCGGUACGGCUGGCCAUUAAGCUGACAGGUGCGGCCCCUGCGCGUUUCUAUGGCCUACCGAAGGUACACAAACCCGGUCUCCCUCUCCGGCCAAUCGGUUCAUUGCGCGGUACACCUACAUAUAAUCUGGCAAAAUGGCUAUUCCGCAAACUGAGAACCAUGGUUUUAUUGGCCAAACGUUUAGAAGGCUAGCAAGUUUCCAUCGUCGGAUGUGGCUUGCGUACGGCAUGUCACAGUAUUUAAGGGUUUUUCUUCGUGUUGACAUGUCACUGCCUUUCAGCGCGCUGCAUCGCAGUUGACGGUUUUUGUUAUGGCGGCAUCGGUUUUUCCUUAUCCUUCGCCGGGUGUUAGGGAGGGGAGCGGCGCAGCGUCGGGGUGACCACAACUGUUGCUCUUUGUUGUAUUAUCCGUACUUGUAUCCGACAUCCACGUAUCUCGCCUUCCUGCCCCGUUCACACCUGCCCGUAAACUUGCUAGCGGUGGUUGUUACACCAGUGUUGACGUCGGGCUGGGGGCCCCUGUUACUAGCGUUCGUUCUCACCGUGUGCUUGCGCCAGCCUGCGUUCAGACCCAGUAGGCGGUCUCCCAGGUUUGUUUUCGCCACCGGUUGCCCCUUGUUUUCGCUUGCUUCCGAUGCCCGUUCACGCUCACCCGUGUUCUUGAAUACCGUUGUCUCUGACCUGACGUCCCGACCGCAGUCCUGCUUACUGACCUGCAGCCGUAGGGCUCGGUAGGCUGCCGGCAGAGUUACACAGCAGCUAAUUGGGGUGGUUGGGAUGUGCUGGUCUUCGAGCAUCUCCCUGAACGUUUGAUCCCUCUCUUGGUCCAAGAUUUCGUCGUUUUGGAAAGCGAGUGCAUGGCCAGAAGCUGCACAAUAUUUCGCCACCAGCGAGUGCUGAUUCAUCCUUCGUACCGCUCGUGCGUGCUAGCCCAUGAAGGUCUGCAAUCUCUUCCCGGUCUCUCCAGUGUGGUUCGCUUCACAGGAACUUUACUGGACCCGAUAGACGAUGCUGGCUGUUCCGCCUCGCUGCAGAGGAGUUUUUGGUCUCAUGACCGGUCGUCUAAUUGUUGAGUAAUAUAUAUGGGCGAUGCCAAUACCCAAAUGGUAGCAGCAGAGGCGCAACUGCCUCGGAUACGUCCGCAAUAUACGGCAACGUUAACCAGAAUUUCGGUUCAUUUGUCGUUAGCUUGAUGGUUGAUUUGGACAGUAUUACGUUCUAUAAAGCCACGGGGGUAACCGCUGGAAGUUAAGAUCCGACGAAGAUAGUGGGGCUCGGUCACUUUGUCGGCCGUUCCACUGCAAUAUAGCGCUCUAAGUCUUUCCAGGAAAUGGAAGCGAGCGAAUAGUGGUAUCGGAGCCCGAGGUGAGGCAGCUUAGACUUCGGAACAUCUAUUUGGCCAAGUUAAACGUGGAUGGCCGGCGCAAAAAUACGAGGGGGCGGAGUGAGACACCAUCUUUGUUUACUUUAGAUAGGCUGUAGAACUUUUCUACAUCGGUCGGUUUGGUGGUCACUUGUUCUGCCCUAGUCAUCGCGCCAUUAUUUUGUAGCAUAAUAAGCGUUGUGUUUAUCCGCGUCACCAGCUUCUUCAUGGAGUCGCCAUCACACAUGAUGCACGCUUGACUGUCGUCAAGCAAGACAUUGGCCUUCGAUCUUGUCACAUAUUACUACAGAGCGCCCUUUUUCUGCAGGUAGGACCACGAUACUCUUGUUUGCCUUCAGCGUCCUAAGGGCAUCCUGCUGCGUUCUCGGAAUGACCAUAUGUGGUUUGUGAGUCAUAACAAGGGAGGUGACCUGUUGCCGAAUGAGGCCCUGUGUCUCGGCUGUGCCCUCCAAGCACGCCAUGUGAUAGAUGCGCUGGACCAACAUGGGGGCCAUAUCGGAUUCUUGCGGGCAUUAUCGGAUCUGCACAUUAAAACAAAUGUUAACAUUUCGGGAUGCGGCGACAGACCCGGUUUUCCGGCAGACGUCGCGCACACUGGGAUCCUUGCAGCCCCCUAUUGUUGUUGCCGGUCAAAAGCCUGGUUAUUUGCUGUGUGGAGCGCGGGGGUAUGUGGAGUGGAACGCCAAGGUGCAGGCUCGACCGUGCCGUCCACCUGCGCUCUCUCCCAUCUCCGAUAUUCUUGACUCUGUCUUGGCAUCGGGUCCAGUUGGGGAGUGGGGAAGACAGAGUGCGGCAGAUGCUGUGUAAGUCCACUAUAACCAUAAACCAAUUCACGCACAAGUUACCGCCUCUGUUCUCACUUUUUUGUGGAGCACACGAUAGCAUCGGCGGCAACGGCGGUCGAACUGUCGUGUCUUGGCCGGCUCAUGGAGUAUUUCAGAAUCGACUCGAUCAUGGCCACGAAGUUAGCCGGGUCGGCGUCCGAGAUGUUGCAUACGGCUGCACGUUUCAGUACCUGAGUAUGUCCCGGUUUAAAUUCUUUGGAGGACAAAUUGAGGAUCAGUACUUCGUUGUCAUCCUGUGCAACGAGCUUAAUUUUCGGAAUUUAUGAAUCAACUUCCUAUAUCGUCUCUAUAUCAGUUCCCUGGCUCGUUUACCGAUCACUUGGUUUAAGAGUGCUGUCUCAUUCUCGCCAACGAUCUCCGAGCGCUGAAGAUGGCUAGCUCAGAAUUCUGUCCUAUUUUUAUGGUCGAAAAUGACAGUCAUGGAGGGGUACUUGAGUCAUUCGAAUGCCCUGGUGCAUCAGCCAUUGCCUCACAAGUCGUGUUCACUGUUGGUUUAUAGGAAAAGCUCUUCGGUAGCAAUCGGUUGCCGAGGCAUGUGAGAAGGAAUUGGACCUGUGCGUACGUUAAACGCACGCGAAGGGCGAAGGAUAAGGAGGAAACGAUGCCACCAUGACAACAAUCGUCGACAGCGAUGCGGCGCUAUGGAUGUCAGUGACAUGCCAGCCCGAAGAAAAACCCUUAAAUACUGCGACAUGCCGUACGCACACCACCUCCGAAGAUGGAAAAUUGCUAGCUUUCCAAAAGUCAGGCCAUUAGAAUCAUGGCUCUUGUGAUUGCCCUACCUUCUCAUCUAUGCAUAUAUAUGUAUCGAUGGCAGUGAAAACGCAAUUCUCGGUAGUAAAUCGAAAGAAAAGGAGACGUUCACCGGGAGAGGUGUAUUUGAAGUCUGAAGUUUUGAGUAGUUGUUUCGUUUACCCAUCUUCAGAGCCUGGGAUGUCAUGCGCGCAGCUCUCCUUAUAUGGCGCACUUUGUUUGCUGUGUGGUGAGAUACCGGACUGAUUUACCUUUGACAAUUUAGUCCCGUUUUCUUUGCCCGGAUCGCUUGUUUGAAUGUGACGAAAAACGACGCAGAUGUACAACCCGUUUCGCUGGCCUACUUGGUUGUCGCGCUCUGUUGUCAGGUUACUUAACGUUCAGAAUUUCUAUAUUAUUCACUGAUCGGAUUUGCUUGCUGCCUUUAUGGCUAAGGGCUCGUGAGAUAUAACUCGUUAGUUCGUGAGAACGUUACGAUUUACGUCAUUGGUGACUCCCGACGUUAACGCCGACUUCAUAUAUGAAGUCGGAAUUCUUCACCUACCGUAUGAUGUCUUACGUCAUGGCCCAUUAGACAGCUUCUCAUCAUUUCCAUUCGAAAGUUACCUAGGGAGGCUUGAGCGAUUGCUCAGUAAGCCAUCACAACCGUUGCGGCAAGUAGUGCGUCGGUUAGGUGAACUACAGUGUAAGACGUGAUGUCCGCUUUCCAACGGAAUGGACAUGUAGACAUGAACAUAUUCAGCAUCCACCGCCGUCCUCAGAUGGAUCCGUUACGCAAUAUAAAAUAACACAAAGAGGCAACUUGAUCAUUGGCACAACGUACUCGGAUGGAUCUGUAGCCACUGAUGGUAAGUUAGUAUGUAUCAAAAAUGUACUGCGGUAUCCAUCAUGUGAGGUGCAAAUAGUUUUCGUGAACUAUUACACGAUUGAAGACUACUUUGAUUAUCCAAUAAGGUCCUCAAACGUUCAAGUUUUCAAGGCCAGGUUAGACACUGAUUCACAACUGCCCAUUGCCGCUAACGGUUCAAAAGCAUGCAUGCUUCCCAAUGAAAGACUUUUUCGUCCUAAUUGAAAUUAAUGGACGCUGGGACGUCUUCAAAAGUGCACAUUACACGCAACAUCGCCGAUGCAAUAGAGCAUCGACAAGUGAUUUGCAGAACGGUAACAAUACUUGAGGGAUUAAAUUGUGUACUUAUUUAAGCUUUUUGUUGAACGUAAAAUGCAAUGCAUGCACUUACUUUUGUACGUUACCUUCCUUUCAGACGCCCCGCCGGCUGACGAUCCGGAUAGAACGCCGAAUGACGCAAUUCAGGAAUAUCCUCAGGAUAUUUAAACACUAUUCUUUCUAUACUAUUUUUGAUACAUAAUUUUUUUAUGAACAAUUUGGAAUAUCAUUAUUAUUAUCUCAGGAAAAAUCUGGGGGUGAACUGGAAUUAAAUGAGGGUGGGCUGGUCGAAUAUCAGGACGGUGAAACCCCCGUUUAAUUAAAGUAGGCCAUCUCGUAUUUUCGAGCUCACUACGAGCACGGAACGAGUCCAGCGUCGCGAAAUUACGAGCUCUUUACGAGGGCGCAACAGGGAGGGCGCAUCGAGCUUGGUUGCCUGGAAAAAUCAGAGCCCGGAAUGAGCUCGGGACCGCUGAUUUGCGCCCUCGUUAUGAGCUUGCAACGAGCUCGCUUUGCUAUUAGGGAUACCUUUCUAUGUCAGAUUGAAUAUCAUUUAACGUACUUUUUGUUUGUGGAUUUCUAUUCAAUUUAUAUCUACUUUUCUCACGAAUUUUCUCGAUAUUUUACCACAUCUGUCUUGAUUAUUAUGUCUCACUCCAACCAACAACUCGAUGCCCCCGCCCAGCCGCUUCAUGUCGUCAAUUUUACCUUGCCUGAAUUCUGGCAACACGCUCCAGAACUCCCUUUUAUCCGCAUCGAAUCAGCCUUUUAUUCUGUUACGCUACCAAGGAGCUGGCGAAAUACCACAAACUUUUGGAGGUUCUCCCCGCUAGUGUUAUCUCUCGAGUUCAGUCCUUGUUAUCUAAUCCUCCUGCAGAUGCUCCCUAUUCCACGUUAAUGGCAGAAAUUCUUCGACCUAAUUCAGUGUCCGACCGACAGCGGUAUCACCAGUUUCUUAAGGAGGAGUCAAUGGGUAACCGAAAACUGUCAGAAUUUCUACGUCAAAUGCGUUCUCUUCUUGGAGACAUGCAGGUUGACGAUAAAUUCGUCAAGAUGUUUCUAGAGCGCCUGCCUGCAGAUGUUCAAACGAUCCUGGCGUCCGGUGCCCAAGAUCUCACGGUCUCGCAGCUGCCUGAGAUGGCAGAUCGAAUGAUAGAGCGGCUGCGGCUCCUGUCGCCUUCCGUUGCCCAGGUCUUCACAUCCUCAUCGACAGUGAAUGAGCAGUUAAUGAAGCAGGUGUCUGCCAUGGCGGAUAAGAUGGCCUCCCUUAAACUGCAGCUCGCACGCCUUACCUCCAGUCGCUCACGCAGCCGUCGUCGUUCUCGUUCGCGGCCUCGGACUGCUGAUACUUUUUGGUAACAUGCUAAUUUCGGCGUAACGGACCGUCGCUGUUCCUCAUCCUGCUCUUUUAAGUCCAAACGGGGAAACCAGUCAACCAGAGAAUAGACGCGACCGUUAUUUCCGGCUCUUCCAGCUAUGUUGGCACCUUCAAUGCUUGCGACACUACGACUCGCAGAUGUUUCCUGGUGGACACUGGAGCCCAAAUCAGCGUUUUUUUGCUGAUCGUCGUUUCCCCAGCGCUGGUCUUCACCUCCAAACUGCCAACCGUUCCCCCAUUCCCACUUUUAGCAGGCUGUCCCUUACCCUGAACAUUGGCCUUCGUCGGUCGUUCACCUGGAUCUUGGCGAUUGCUGAUGUUCCUCAUGCAAUCCGCGGCUCAGACUUUCUUGCCGAGUGCGAUCUCUUUGUUGACUGCCGACGUGCCCGUCCCCGCGACCGCACAACCGGUCUGUCUGCUCGUGGAUUAACUCCCUUUACUGCCCCCACCAACUUAUCUGUCUUGGAUACGGAUAUUGCUAGCCCCUUUCGGCAACUGCUUCUUAGACACCCCAACCUAAGUAACACCCAGUUUCGCAGUGGUGAGGUCCAACAUGAUGUUAUGCACCAUAUACGCACCUCAGGUCCUCCCGUGUUUGUUCGUCAAAGACGACUAGCACAGGAGCGUUUACAGGCCGCGAAGGCGGAGUUUGAACACAUGCUGUAA